GACACGCAUGGCUACCCCACACUGAUCCUUUUGAGUGGAACCUCAAGCAGAGAAGCAGCUUCUCUUUUAGAGAAGAAGAAAAAGGCUCUACUAGAACUAGAUGUUCUCUAUCCCUUUUGUCAAAUUCUCUCUCUCUCUCUCUCUCUCUCUCUCCCCAACUCUGUUUUCUCAUCCCAAACCCUAAUUCCCCCAAUAACCCCAUAUAUGGUAAAAACAAAAAAGAUCGGUGUUUUGGGUUUGGAGCUUUCCUAAAUUCCUCAACAGUCUCUUUCUGCAACCAUCAGUUUCAUGAUCCGAAGACAAAGCAGAAGCAAGCAAGCCAAACACUGUCCUCGUUUCGUUUCAGAUCAGAGAGCAAAGACAUGGAUAGUAUUACUCAUCUCUUUCUUUCUCUCUCCUCUCUCGCUUAUGCCUUGUUUGGUAGUUUCGUAUUAAUGGAUUUGUAGUUUAAAUAAAGCUAAACUAUCAUCAUCUACUUCACAUAUCUCUGUCUCCCCUCGCGUCUUUCCAUUUUCGGCUCCCUCAUGGAUUCCGGUAACAGCGGAAGUAUGCAGUCCUCGAGCGGCGGCGACAACGAGUCGUACGACUCACGCGCGGAGUCGAUCUCGGCCUUGCUGGGUCCCACCAUGACUAACCACCACCACCACCACCCACCGCAAGUACCGCAGCAACAACAACGCCAUCAUCCUCAUGUUGAGUUCGACACCUUAUCCAACAUCUUCGAUUCGAGGCUCACAAACCCGAACCCGCUCGUCAACCUCGACAUGGUGUGGUCCAAGACGCUGAGAUCCGACCCGAGUAUGUCCGAUCUUGGCGGCCAGAACGAGCUCAGCCAAUCCUUUUUGACCAAUAGUCAACUAGGAGGACAAGUCAGCAGAACAGGAGUCGGCGGCGGCGGAGGAGGGUCAUCUACUUUUACUCAGAUCCCAUCCUCGUCAGCUCCGAACGACCAGACCACCACCAACAACGUCGGCGGCGUUCGGAACAGCAACCCAAAAAAGAGGUCGAGAGCGUCGAGGCGUGCACCCACUACGGUUCUCACCACAGACACAACAAACUUCCGAGCCAUGGUUCAAGAAUUUACAGGUAUUCCUGCACCCCCAUUUACGAGUUCGCCUUUUCCUAGAAGCAGGUUGGAUUUGUUCGGGUCUUCGGCUUCAUCUAUGGUUAGAUCGGGCCCGGGUCCGAAUCAUAUGGAUCCUUCUUCUCUUCCUCCUUAUCUGUUGAGACCAUUUGCUCAUAAAGCUCCACUACUACCUUCUCCUCCAUCUCCAUCUUUGUUACCCUCUAGUAAUUCAAAUACUAAUAGUAAUAUUGGUGGUUCUAAUCUACAACACUCUCAGAGUCUUUUGAACAUGAACAACAUGCAAAACUCCUCCUCUUCAUCAGUUCUGAAUUUUCAGUCCCUCUUUCAAAACCAGCAGCCUCAGCCGAAUUUACCAAAAUACCCAUUACCCGGUUCAGGCAAUAUUCUUGGCUCCUCCAAGUCUCAAGGCUCUUUGGGUGUGCUUGAAGAUCCGUUUGGUUUGAGCCAUGGGCUAAAUGUGCAGCAGCUUCCUAACAUCGUGUCGUCGUCGUCCUCGGAUGGUGGCCGUACGCUUCAGCAGCAGCAACCUAGGCACGACAAUAACCAGAGGACGACAACGACGACAAUGAACUGGGUUGACAACAACAACAAGAACGACGGCAAUGUCGAUCUUCUGAGGUCCGUCAAUGGGAAUUACAGUAAUGGCAAACUAAACUACGCGGCUUCUUCUUCGUCGAAUGUUGUCGAUAAAGCUGGGGUGCAGCUGGAGAAUAAUGUGAGUACUACUACAGCUAGAAGUGAAGGUAUGGUGGAAUCAUGGAUUUGCUCUUCAGAUUAAUUAUAGGCUUCUGCAAAUCAAUGAGACAGAUUCACAUUUACAGUUUCAAAGGUAUAGGAUGAUGAUGAUGAUGAUGCAUGUGACAGAAUUUUAAUUUGUGUUCUUAACCAUGACGAUCGACAUAAUUAAACCUUUUUCCCACUUCUGUUCUUUCAUUAUAUGUAAAUAAUAGCUUUCUUAGUUUCCUUCA